UCCUGUAACAAUUAGCUUUUCCAUUUGGUAGGGAGUUGUUUUCACCCCAAGGAUUGAACAAAAGCGAGUAGGCGGCCGCACUCACCAACAUUGUUUUGGAGCAGGUCCCCUAAGGAAUUCACAACCUUCACGUGAAAACACCCAACAAACAUGUUCAUCAAAAUCAGACGUACGAGACAGCUAGCGGUAAAAGUUUGCAUCAUAGCAUCCACCAUGCCAUCUCAUGAUAUAAAACUAAACCACAUACGGAAUGUGCAACUAGAAAAUCAGCUGGUAGCAGGAAACACUUAUGUUGAAGGUCUUCAAAAAAGUAUCCAUGUUAAUUGCAUUAAUAACAGACAUUACACAGACACACAGCAAUCUGACAUGCAGUCCGUCAUAACAAUCUCAAGUGAAAGUAGACUUGGAAGUACUGAAAGCGAUGAAUUUGUUAAACUUCCCAUUGAGAUUAUAAUAUAUAUCCUGGAGUUCCUGCCUUUAUCAGACAGAAUAAGUGCCUCGCAAGUGUGCCAUUUGUGGCAUAAUGCAUCAAAAUACCACAAACUGCAUAGCAAUGAAGGAGUAGUAUUGUGUGGUGACCUCACUAGACCACUACAAGUCUUUGAAAAUAGUCUUGGAACAUUUCUGCAUUUUGUGUUCAAAAACGUAAAACUAGGAAGAAAAUUAACCAAAUUUUGGAAUAGAUUCUGUCCACAAAUGCAGUCUCUUUCCAUAGAAGAUUGUGAUAUAUCAGAAAAGACCAUUGUACGUAUUUUAUUAAAGUGCUCACAUUUAGAAACUCUCGAUGUGAGUAGGUGUUAUAAACUUUUAAAGUCAGGAAGGGUUCUGGAGCAGAAAUCUGAUGUUAUUCUGCUUAGUAACACUCUUGUCAAACUUAGGAAGCUAAGACUUGAUUCAAAUUGGAAUUUGUCGGAUGCCCUUUUCAAUAGAUUUAUGGCAAUUGCUUCCAAUUUAGAAGAUCUGUCAUUGACAAGAUGUCAUAUCUCUUUCGAUUUAGAGCUGUGUAAAGAAUAUUAUCCUGGUGACAUGUUAGAAUCUGGCUACACAAUGGCAUCAGAAAGUGUUCUGACAUUCGUUAAUAUAUUAAAACACAUUGAGUCAAAAGCAAAGUUGAGUUUUGGUGUCACGGGCAUUGAUGAUGCAGCAUUGUCACAACUAGCAGAAGUACCAGAACUACAUCUUGAAACUCUGGAUCUUAAUUUUUGCAAAGAGCUGAACAAUGAAGGCAUACUCAGACUCACAGAGUACCAACAGAGUCUCACUAAAUUAGAUCUAAGUAAUUGUCGUGUCAUUGGUGAUCCUUCUCUUAUAGCUAUCUGUCACAACCUAAAGAACCUUUUGAUGCUCAGUAUAGGGGAAUGCUAUCCCAUAACAAACACAGGCAUAUCAGAACUCUGUCAUCUCAAGAAAUUAGUAAAUUUAAACCUGUCAAUGUGUCGUCAGGUAUCAGGUGAGGGCAUUGAGAGGGGACUUUGCUCCUCUGUAAAUCUGCAGUUUCAACGACUUAAUCUCGCUAGACUUCCCUUAUGUGAGAGAACUUUGUGUCGUAUAGCAGAGAACCUUCCUAGGCUAACAUAUCUUGACCUUGGAAGCUGUUCCAAUGCAGUGACAGACAUGUCUGUUCAGGCCAUUUUCCAACACCAAGUUUGGCUUCGAUCCCUCAAACUGAGAUUGUGUCGCAAAGUAACAGAUGCUGGACUCACAGGGAUGGGGUUGAGAACAAGAGGAGAAGAAGUUGAAAAUGGUUUCUCAAUUAUUAGAUUGAAAGGUUUGCAAGAACUAGAUUUGUAUGGCUGCAAAAGAAUCACAGAUGUCAGCCUUAAGUAUGCCUUUAGUUUUCUUAAACUUCGACGUUUAAAUCUGAGUUUCUGCUGGCAGGUUAGUUUCAUCAGGGAAUUUAAUAUGUUUUGCUUCUGAUUGGGUUUCUUGAUAUUUUACCUUUUCUUCUCAAACACAAAGUCCUUCGCUUUUGAUAAAU